GAACGGCUACCAUUUCAUAAUGAUGGGAAAUUUUUUAAAAUAACAGACAGCUCGUGCGCGGGCUCCUUCGAUUGAUAUGCCACCUGGGCCAUUGUUUAUUUCAUCGGCUGCUGUUGUAAACAAACAGCUGUCACGCAACGCGUCGCCCAUCGCGCAUUUACAACGAAUUUAAAAUGAGAAUCACCGAAAACGGAAACUGUGAUGCAUGUAAUAUUCCCGAAACAGGAACACAUAACAUCUUUUACUGCAACAGAUACCAGACCCAACGAGAAAAAUACGACAUCUCCUUCGACGCAUUUUUAGAGAAAUGGAAAGAGCCGAACGGACGCAUGGUCAAAAAUAUAACCAAAUUCAUACGAGAAACAAAAAUCUCACUUUGAAUAGAACCAAGCAAGACAUGAAACAUGCAGCAUAAACGAAAAGCAUAACACCACUCAUCUGACAAACAGACCAAGCAGAAAAACAACAGACUCCGCAACCGGGUAGAUGACUCUUGAGCAGUCCUAGGACUCAGUCGAAAGCCCAAACGAAACAGUUAACCUUUGAAUAUGUGGGGGGAACAAUAGUUGCUCAUACGCAUAGAAGGCUAUACCCUGUUUCAACAAAAUAGAAGAAGAAGAAGAACAACGAAUUUACUCGAUCGAUGUGUGCCGCGCAUUUAAUACAUACGAAAUGGGUAAAGGCGGUUCGCCGAGGGUCUGCGCACUGUGCCAAAACCGAUCCUCAGUAACAGACGCCCAAACGGACGAUGCAUUCGAACGCAUCACGUACCACAAAUUCCCGGCCAACCCGCAACGACUCGACCAGUGGCUCGAACUGUGCGGUCUUCCGAAAGAUACCUUCCCCCCACUGUCGUAUAAAUUCAUUUGCAGUAACCACUUCGAACCGGAAUGCUUCGAACGUGACCUACGAGCGGAACUGCUUUACGGGACGAAGCGGAUGACACUGAAGAAGGACGCUCUGCCCACGAUUCGAACGCCAAAGCAGCAACUAAAGCGAAAACUGACCACAGCCGAAUCGAGCGAAGAGGAUGAUCGUCAGAAGCGGAAAGAGCAGGUAGAUAAGCUACUGACCGGUGAAACACCCGUGACCGAAGAGAUUGUGAAUCCCUUUCGGAAGCGUGCCGUAGAGGAUUCGUCCCCCCAAGAGCCGGACAAAUCGGACAUGACGGAAUGGGAAAUGGUGCAACGUAUCGAAGAAUUGGAGCAGGAAACGGCGAGCCAGCGUAUACAGAUUACGCAACUGCAGCGCACAAUCGACAGUAAGACGGAGCGGAUUAACUUUGCCAAAGCGGAAAUGGUGAACGCUGCCAUUUCGCUGCAAGAAUUAAAAGACCACGAAAACCGGCAUGUCAACGAUCGCGUGACGGAUAUUCUAUCCGGCCGGUUUGGGGAAGGACAGCUAGCCACGAUUAUGGCCGGUCCUCCCAUGGACGGACCGGACGAAUCUUUCCUGCAAGUGCUAUGGACGGAAGGGGAGCUAGUACAGGCCCUAAGGUUACGAUGCAUCAGCAAGGAAGCGUACGAUUUUAUGCGCCUACAGAUGCGCUACCCGUUGCCGGAAGUAACACAAAUUGAACGGUGGAUUCAUGGCGUUUAUCUGGAACCGAGUCACAAUGCAACGGCGUUGCGCUUGUUACAAAUUCGUGCAGAAACCUUAAACGACAUCGAGCUCAUCUGCACACUGAAUCUGCUUCAUACCAGCACACCCGUACGAUACCGAUACGAUAGCAAGCGUGACCAAAUUAUUGGACCAAAUGCUCAACUGAGUUGCCUUACCGUGCAAGGUUUGUUCUCCGCAUGGCAACAGAUCGUUCAGGUAGACUUCGAUCUCAUCAUCACUAGAGAAAUGGUGGAAAAAAUAAUUACGGAGCUGCAUCACAUCGGCUACCAGGUGGUUGCCAUAACGACGGACUGCGAUCACGGUACCAGUGAUUUAUGGCGCACAUUGAACGUUAGCAUCGAUCAGCACUACAUACGACACCCGGUAACGGACCGUUCGAUAUACGUGUACGCUUGUCCGGACCGAACGUUGGUCGCGAUCCACCGGGUACUGGUCGAUGAUGGAUUCGUAAUGCAGGAAAACAAUCUGUCGAUUAGCAGCGCUACCUUGAUGCCAUUGCUUCGAUAUACAGAGGGCGGUGCAAUCUACGAACGAUAUCUUAACAGAGAGAAGCUCGAUAAUAUGCCGUGGAGUUCAGAUCUCUCACGUGAGCUUAUAUCUUCCACCACCACAACCACGUUACGAAACCUCUCCAACGACGAUGGUGCGGAAGGAAGCGAUCUUCUGUCCACGUUGACUACACUGUUCGAUCUUUUCAUCGAUUGGUACGAGCUGUGUACGACCACCACCUAUUCCGAGGACAAUUGCGAGCCUAAACAGCAGCAAAUCACCAAACUACCUUACGGUGUCUGUGAAGAUGAGCAAAACAUUGUGCUGGACGGAAUGUACGACGUGAUGGAAACGAUACGAUGUUCCGAUUCGGCCAAUAAUUUCCUUCCGCAAGCUGUUCUCAUGUCCAUCAACUCGUUGCGCAAGCUGCUCGCCGAUUUAAGAGCAACCUAUCCCGGGCAAAUCGGAGCGAUACCGAUCGUACAGAUGAGCACCGUCCCGAUGAAGGAAACGAUGGUGAAAUUGCAGGAGACGCUUCGCCAUGAUUCACAGCCCCAUUCGAUGAAUGAGGUUUUGUACUCUCUCUGCGCGGCAGUUGCCUACGGGGGACAAGAUUCUCAUGUCACAAAUAGCAUUUUAAAACUGGGAGGAUUGGCGGGUGCGGGUACCCUUAAACACCUUCGCCGAGAAGAUGAUCCAGUCGAUCCGGAGCUACGUAACGCAUCCGACCAGAAUGCUUGUGAUUUUCUGACACAUUUGCUAGUGGUUCGUUUGGGGCAUCAGUACGAUUAUCUCGGCGAGCAAUCGGUCACGAUUGAGCAAAGUAAUGGUCAGUAUGGCAUCAAACCUUCCGAUGGGGACAUUACACCCUCGCCACUGUGGACGGAACAGGCGAAAAGGCUGGAAUCGUACCUACGGAAUGCGAUGCACGAGAAAAAGACUGGAUUGGCUAACGGGCUGAUCGAUUUCAUUACUGAUCGUCAUCCUCGUAUGGGACGUGAUUUAGUGGAGCUGUAUGUAAGGAAACGGAUUGCCAUAAAGGUGCAAGCACUUAACUGUAAGCUGGAUGCUGAAAGGGUCCAAGUCUCGAGCAGCUAAUAAAGCAUUCUAUCUAUAU